GUCACUCGGGAUGACAGACGUCUGUUGACAUCACGUCUGCGGAGGACGUGACCUCGGACACAUCGCUCUGGGACGACGACUUCACACGUCCGGCCGACUCCUCUCCGACUUCUUAAGUCCGUCCCGGAGGGUAAUGGUGAGAAGAACUCCUGAGGACACGUCACGCCUCUGACCCACUUAUCGGUCUUUACCCGCUGAGGCAGAGAGCUUUGGACCGGUCGUUUUCUUUGCUCCAUGGUCCAUCCCAGAACUGUUUCUUGGAUCAGUCACUUCCUGCCCGAUUAAUGCUCUAAAAAUAGCAUCGCCUGAGGGUGGUGGGCUUUCAAUUUCCCUGAAAAUAGCUCCGAGUGAUAUCAAAGCGUGCGCCUCAGAUACCUGUCCUACAUUUCCCAGAGCCUGACGAAAGUGCACAUCCUAAGUCCGUAGCUCAUGAACAACUUCCCUUCCUUCUCCUCGCCGCCCCUAAAAGCACCAACCAUCCAGCCGGUGUGCAAACCCUGCCUCCGGGCCCCGUGGAGGAUGAGCGAUGGGCCCACACUCGACUACGAGUUGCUGCUGUCCCCGGCCGGCUCCUCCUUCCUCCCCGGCGGCGGUGGCGGCGGCGGCGGCGGCAGCAGCAGCAGCAACCCGCCCCUGGCCUCGGUCGGGGUGGACAGCGAGCAGUGCACCGCCUUGGCCUUCGUGGGCCUCCUUAUGCUCUUCCUGGUCUUCCUGCUGGUCAGGUGCUUCAGGAUCCUGCUGGACCCCUACAGUCGCAUGCCCGCAUCAUCCUGGACUGACCACAAGGAGGGGCUGGAGAGGGGUCAGUUCGAUUACGCCCUGGUGUGAAGGCGGGGUGGCUCCGACAAGGGUGACUGGGCGCGCCGACCCCGUCUUGACGAUGACGCGUUAGUCCGUGGAGACCGGCAGGAACACAACAAGCCAAAAUAACGAAGCGGCCUUAAAUCUGACCUGCUGGACGAGCACACAACAUGAUCGCAAAAUCAACUUUCCAUCACAUGGGCCCGCAGGUAAGCCGGAACCGACGCCGGCCGGCGGACUUGGAGCGAUACGCAGUCCGAAGUCCGACACCAGUAAAAAGUCAAUGUCUCCGUUAAAACCGCAUACUUAAUUGUGGAUCGUGUGAAAGCAUUAACCGCUUGAUUGGAAUUUAAAACCACAACCUUCAUUUCUGAUGCUAAUGAGACUUCAAAUACUCAAACAAAACUGCCGUUUCUUAGUCGUAAAAAUGUACUAUUGUGCCGUUACGGUUUUUUGUUUAUUUUAAAUACAUUUUUCUGACUAGGGAUGUCAUUCAGGACCUUGUCAAAAAACUCCCUUUCCCUUUAAUUACAUAUUCAUAACCACCCCCCCCUCUCUAAAAUUUUCCCAAACGUUUAUGCUGCACAUUUUGACUCAAGACUCAAGGCCUGGGGGCCACAUUUGGUCCGCCACAUCCUUUUUCUACGGCCCCGUGAAAGCCUUUAAACACCAUGCGUCAAUAAACUACUUUAUUUUAUUGUUUUUACUGAAUCUAUUUCUUCUUUCCAUUUUAAUAAACAAAAACACAGAGACUGCAUACAAUUGCAAUAUCCUUUACACUUAAAUAUGAUCUAAUAAUGCAACAAAUAUAACAUAUCAUCGGCGGUCACCCGAACGAGUAUGACGAUCCUCCUGGUAGGGGGGUAUCCCUUUAUGGGUCAGGGUCCGGUGGCAUGGAGUCCAAGAUGAUGAGGACCCUUUUCUGCUGCAGCCUUCUUCUGCCAUCGCAGCCAUUGUGGUAGUUCUAAGAUCUACCGCCUUUACCUUGUAUAUAGAUGUAUGGAUAUAUGUAUAUAUCUAUAUAUAUAUUCAGGGGUAGGGAACCUAUGGCUCGGGAGCCAGAUGUGGCUCUUUUGGUGACUGCAACUGGCUCUCGGAUAAAUCUGAGCUGACAUUGUUUGACACGAUAAGUAAUGAAUAAAAACAUGCCCAUGCAUUUGAAUCCAUCCAUCCUUUUUCUACCGCACUUGUUCAAAAAGUUGCAUUAAAGGUAAGAAGUAAUUUAUUUAUCAUUGGUUAGCGUAGGACUUGCCCCUCCUGGGGGUUUCUUCAGACUACUAAGCACCGACAUGAGAGCCUGUUUCAGGGUUACGAUAUUGUUUUAUUUUUCAAUAAGUCUCUCGGUUGCUUUCCAACGAAUUGUCUUUUUCUCUCUCGUUCUCGCUCGCGCUCUGGCUCCAGCCCCAACCCCGUCUCUCCUCCUGGCCUGCUGCUUAUAAAAACAGCGACAGGUGAUUAGAUAACAAUUUACGCACCUGUCGCUGAUUUCGAGGCUAAUCCUGGCAACACCCCGCUUCGCUGCAGGCCCGCAGGCCACACCCCCUCCACCAGUUAGCUUCAGAAUAACAAUGUUAUUACGAAGAAUACGAGACUUAUUACACUCUAGAAAUGUUGAUUCUACUUAAAAAUGCACACGUUUAGUUCUUUUCACUGUUAAAAAAACAUUAUAUGGCUCUUAGAGAAAUACAUUUUAAAAUAUUUCGCUUCUUGGCUCUCUCCGCCAAAAAGGUUCCCGACCCCUGAUAUAUAUGAUAUUUUUUCACUUUAAAUUUAUUUCUCGGCAAUAAAAAAACUCCAAUUUAUUGUUGAAAAUCGAUCAGUCGCCCAGACCGACAACACGCAAACUUAUUUAAAGAAGCCAUGAUGGAUGUAAACAAUCCGAAGCUAGCCUAGCGAUGGGAAAUAAAUAUUUAUUGUUCUCGAGCUGCUGCACGUCCGCUUCUUUCGCACGCUUUGAAAAAGUGCCGAUGACCAGGUCUACAUUUGAAUACAGACGACCCCCUUUAAGUAGCGACUUAAGUAGUUUGUGUCUCCUGGUCUUUGUGCGUCUAGAACUGGACAAGCCAUAUAUAUAUACAGUAGAUAUAAAUAAAGGAGAUAUAAUCUACUACUGCAACGGUUCUUUCUUGCAAUUGUCUUGCCCGCCGCCACGUGUGCUGACCAAGCAGACGCCACCUUUCGGAAAGGAAAUGUUACUUUAUUUUUCUAUUCUGGACUCCAUUUUUAGGGAAGUCUUCUCUUUGCUAUUUUGUCCAAAUGUAGAAGUGGUGUGAAGUGGUCUUUGAGGGAUGCUUUUUCUUUCCGUUUUCUAACGCCGUCUUUUUCCGACGACUUGCUUCUGGUUUUGAUACACUCUUGUCGCUGGAAAAUAAAAAA